CGCACGAGCACAGAGCACUCCCAUUCUCCCUCCCUCAGUCCCUCUCUCCUCCACCGCCUCCUCCUCCCAUGGUGGCAUCGUGACCGUGCCAGCAGCCUGCCAGGUGGUCGCGCGCGCGCGCACGCUCUCCCUCCGCUGCGCUUCUGACCCCUGUCGCCACGCCGCGCCGCGCCGCGCGCAGCAGCUGCCGUGCCGUGGCGUGCGGGGUUGCCGAUCUCUCUCAGGCCGGCCUUUGCGGGUGGUUGGGAAAGCGGAGGAGGAGGAAGGCUGCCGCUGCCGCUAGGUGGCCUGGCUCACGGGUUCCAGGCCGCCCCGCGGCGCGUGCGCUUUUUUUUUUCACUCACACGGAAAGUGCCCCCCGUGCCUGUGCCGCCUGCCCGCCGCCCCGCGCGGCCUGGCCGUAACAUCCGAACCGCCCCCAAUGGCGACACCACGGGCUCCUCACCACCACCACCACCACCACCCUGCUCCGCAUUAGUUGCAGCAGGCUAGCAGCGGCUGCAGCCCAGCCAGCGCCCGCACUCGCCGAUCUCUCCCAGCGCGCGCGCGUGCUGCUCCUCUGCUCUCUUCUUGCGCCGUGCUCUGCUUGCUUUGUUGUCGAUGAGCAUGGGGCGCUUCGCCAAUUCGACGGAUCCGAGGUCGGGGCUGGAGGUGGUCAGGGACUGGAACGGGGUCGCCCAGGUCGUGCUCCGCUCGCCAAAGGGAGCCUCCGCGCGGGUGAGCCUGCACGGCGGCCAGGUCGUCUCCUGGAGGAACGACCACGGCGAGGAGCUCCUCUUCACCAGCAGCAAGGCAAUCUUCAAGCCACCAAACGCCAUGCGAGGUGGAAUUCAGAUGUGUUUCCCACAGUCCAUGCAGUUUGGAUACUCUGGGACAUUGGAGCGACAUGGAUUUGCAAGAAACAGGAUAUGGGCCCUGGAUGAUGAGCAUCCACCAAUAAAUCAUAAUGAUAACGCCAGCAAAGUUUCUGUUGACCUAAUACUAAAGCCAUCCGAAGAUGACCUCAAGUGCUGGCCACAUUGUUUUGAAUUCCGCCUGAGGGUCUCUCUUUCAAAGGUUGGGGACCUGUCGUUAAUAUCGCGCAUCAGGAAUGUCAAUGGCAAGCCAUUCAGUUUCUCAUUUGCUUACCACACAUACCUUUCCGUUUCUGACAUCAGUGAGGUGAGGAUAGAAGGUUUGGAGACCCUUGAUUAUCUUGACAAUCUUAGCCACAAAGAACGGUUUACAGAACAAGGAGACGCCAUAACAUUUGAGUCAGAGGUCGAUCGAGUCUACGUUAGCUCCCCAAAUGUAGUAGCAGUUCUUGACCAUGAGAAGAAACAGUCAUUUGUCAUAAAAAAGGAAGGACUUCCUGACGUUGUUGUGUGGAAUCCGUGGGAAAAGAAAUCAAAGACUAUGGUGGACUUUGGUGAUGAGGAGUACAAGCAGAUGCUUUGCGUUGAUGCAGCCGCAGUGGAGAGAGCAAUCACGCUGAAACCAGGGGAGGAGUGGACGGGGAAACUGGAGCUUUCUGCAGUUUCAUCCACCAACUGCAGCGAUCAUCUUGAUCACCCAGUCAGCAUCUAGCUUGUAGUGUGGUAGUUCACAUUUCACAAUGCUAUAUAUUAGCCUCAUAAGAUAAGUAUGAACCCCUUUUGUACAUGAAUCAGUAGGUUCAUCUAUGAUCAGUCAGCAGCUCGACUUGAUUCCAAAAUCGGCAUUCUGUAAUGACCUGGUCUCUGGAAUCUCAAUAAUGAUAGCACUGCCUUGCUUCGUGCAUAAUGCACACAAAUGGCAAGAUUUGUUCAGGCCUCUGCCUUGUUCUCACAA